UAUAUAAGAGGGGAGAGGAGCUAGCUCCGAAACCUUCAUGGAUGCUUCAAUGGAUGAGUUCUACACAUUCUAAGCAAUCCCAUAGAAACCCAAAACCCAUGGAAUUUAGCACAUUGCCCAGGCCUUAAAAACUCAGGUUUCUUGAGGUGGGGUUUCAUGGGUUGAACUCAAAGAAUGAUGAGUAGCUUAAGUGAAAAUGAGGAUGAGCAAUACCAAUUUUUCGAUGCCCAUGAUGAUAUGGAUGCUGCAUCGCUGUCAGAUUCCGGUUCUGAUUGCAAUGACAAUGCCAAUUCUAGCUCUGGUUUCAAUAAUUAUGCUUCCAGAGCUUUUCAAUAUGAUGUAUGGGCUGGGAGCCCAGGAAGCGUGAAAGAGCGUCGUAACAAGUUCUUGAAUUGGAUGGGGUCGAGCUUAGAUAGGUUUUCACGCGAUAAUUCUGUAGAUGUAUGUAGUGAUUCAUUGGGAGGAGGGGUUGAUAGGGUUAGAGAGAGUAGUGGGGCGGUGUUGAGAACCUUGGGUUUUGAGGAUGAGUUUCGUUCUAGUCGGUCGAAUGAGCAGGAUGGGUCUGGUUUGCAGGAGAAAUUUGUAUGUAGAAUUGGGAAUUUGGAUGUUGGAGCAGAGUUUGAUGUGGAUGAAAUGGGGGAGGGUAGCGAGGUGAGUGAAUUUCGAGAAGUGGGUUUGGACCGAUUGGUGACAAUUAAUGAAUGUCAAAACAUUUCUGAUUCAUUGUUGUCUUCCUCGGUCCAGCAAGUCAUGCAAAGGGAAAUUGAAGAGGCAAGCAAUCCAGUGGGUGCAGCAAAGAGAGUCAAGAAGGGCUGGUUGAGUAGAUUGCGUUCCAUGUCUUGCAUCAUGGAUCGGCAUGGAGAAAUUCAUAACUUGACGACCAAUGACACCAAUCCAAUUCCGGGGGCCAGGAUACAGAGAGUCAGGGUUCGUCAAUGCAGGAAGCAGAUGAAGGAACUUUCGGCUCUAUAUAAGGGACAAGAUAUUCAGGCCCAUGAGGGUUCAAUCUUGACAAUGAAAUUCAGCCCGGAUGGGAAGUACCUCGCCAGCGCGGGUGAAGAUGGGAUUGUUCGGAUAUGGCAAGUGGUGGAGGAUGAGAGAUCAAAUGAUCAUGACAUUCCGGAAAUAGACCCAAUGUGCAUGUACUUCACAGUGAAUCAUCUUUCUGAAUUGACACCCCUCUUUGCCGAAAAAGAGAAACUGAGCAAAUUGAGGAGCCUGAGGAAAACAUCAGACUCAGCUUGUGUCAUUUUCCCACCAAAAGUCUUCAGGAUAUUGGAGAAACCAUUGCAUGAGUUCCAUGGGCACAGCAGCGAGAUCUUGGACCUCUCAUGGUCAAAUAACAAUUAUCUACUUUCUUCAUCAAUUGAUAAAACUGUUCGUCUGUGGCGAGUGGGAUGCGACCAUUGCCUCAAAAUUUUUUCACAUAAUAAUUAUGUGACAUGCGUUCAGUUUAACCCUGUGGAUGAUAAUUACUUCAUCAGUGGAUCAAUAGAUGGAAAAGUUCGGAUUUGGGCAAUUCCUGGUUGCCAAGUUGUUGAUUGGACUGAUAUAAGAGAAAUGGUCACUGCAGUGUGCUAUCGCCCUGAUGGGCAGGGAGGGAUUGUCGGCUCUAUGACAGGCACUUGCCGCUUUUACAAUGUAUCAGAUAAUCACUUGCAACUGGAAUCUCAGAUGUGCUUACAUGGUAAAAAGAAAUCACUCUGCAAGAGGAUUACUGGCUUCCAGUUCUCUCCACAAGACCCUAGCACGGUAAUGGUUACAUGUGCAGAUUCACAAGUCAGAAUUCUCCAUGGGACCAAUGUGAUUGGGAAAUACAAGGGCCUCCGUAAUGCAGGAAACCAGAUGUCUGCAUCUUUCACCUCAGACGGAAAGCAUAUAGUUUCAGCAUGUGACGAUUCCAACGUCUAUGUAUGGAACUGCAGUAAUGAAGGAGAGUCUGCUCUCUCCCAAUCAAAAAGCAUUAGGGCGUUUGAGCACUUCCCGACCAAUGCAUCAGUUGCAAUACCAUGGUGUGGUAUGAAAUAUGGGAACCCUGAAAAUGGAUGGCAAUUUCAUGCUCUGGAUGAGAGUUCGCCCAACACUCUGCCUUUUCCUUCACCUGCUUCAUUUUCCCUGAGCCAAGAAUUCUUCUCAGAAUCUUUUCCCAAGGGAUCCGCAACAUGGCCAGAGGAAAAACUUCCUACUUCAAGCCUGGUGUCUGUUCCAUCUAAAAUCCGUAAAUCUGAACAUAAAUUUUUGAAAGCUUGCCAGAGCACAUCCAGUUCUCAUGCAUGGGGUCUUGUCAUUGUGACUGCAGGCUGGGAUGGACGAAUCAGGUCAUUCCACAAUUAUGGGUUACCGGCACCUCUCUAAAUCCUAUAGGCUUGUUGGUCAGAGAAUCAGAGAUGAUCCCUUUGGUUGUGUACUUUACAUGCUAUAGUACUCCCUAUGGCUGAUCUGAUGCUGCAAAAUUUAUAUGUUCAAUCAGAUGUUCGAUCAGAUGACAGAGUAAAGUUGAUUUUGGGCAAGUUCAGGCUCGAAUAUUCAGCGGGCAUGUGAAGUGUAGAUGGUGUUUGAGAAUUUUAGGAUUUCAGUGGACCCCUCACAGAUUUCAGGUGUACCAUAUUCACGCCUGGUGGCAACAGUGCCAUGGUUGUACUGUAAUGAGGCUUGGAAUCAGCUAGUGGCUGAGGUUUAGCCUAUCUGGAUAUGGGGUACCUAGCUGCAUUUUACAAUUCUUUGAUUUGUUUUCCUGAUUAGUUCAUGUCUGCUGGCCCAGAAGUAAAAAAGAGUCAUGUGUUAAGAGAACCAAUUUGAGAUCCAUAUCUGCAUAAUGGAGGUGGCCGUGGGGCCUUGUAGUGAACCUCUUUCUUUUGUUCUCUGAAAUGGAAGAGAAGAUUUCAGAGCUGGUGGUUGUAAUUUAUCUGGGGAAAAAUUGGUGGGGAUCUCCUUCUUUUGUGAGAUGUUGGCCGGUCUGAAUGAUUGAGUCACUUGUCUGCCAUUCCGGGGCGGCCUGAUGGUGGGGUGAUGUCACACUGGGGUUGAGUAAAGGGCCGGUAUGGUUUCACUUUCCAUUGAUUGGACUCAUUCUCUCUGCUCUACGCGCCAACCUACAUAUUUCAGAGUUGCCCGUGGAUCCCAUCUCCAGUUGUAUCCUUGCUGCUUCGUCCCCCGGAGGGUCAAUGUCUCGUCCUCCUUGCACCCAACUUGCCAACCCUGCUGUUAGCCUGGUAAUCCCUUUUGUUUCUCUAACAGAAUUCAUAGGUGAAAAUUUCUCAAUUUUUAUAUAUCCCUGCGGACAGUAUCGAGUUAUUUUCCAGGUUUUUCAUAGCUUGAGAAUGUCUUGCAGCUAUCACAUCUGUAACUGUAAUUUAGUCUGUAAAUGAAAUUCUUAGUGUAGUUCUUUCCCCACACAGAUGCUCAUAAUGAAACUCAUUCAUACAUAUA